GGCCUCAAUUUACAGUCUUAUAUUCUUUCAGAUGGACUGAUAUCUGAAAAAGAGGCUCUUGUUAUAGACAUAUGCAGAGUUCCUUCUCUGCCUCUGCUAGAUCACUGAGUUUGAUGCUGUUCGGCUAUGGAGCCUAACCAGGUUUGUGGUUGUGCUUUGGAGCGUUGUUUUUCAGCAACACAUGGUCGCUUGUUUUCCUUUGUUGCAUCGUUGCCAUGCAGCAGAAUCUUAUGCUGAAGAUGGCGCGUACCUUGCAGUGUGGCACUCUGUUUCCCACAUGGUAGUGUUCUGCAAUGGAUAUAAAUAUGUAGUUCCUGAGCCUCCUCUUUGUUUUCUUUCAUCAAUAAGCUAGAAUUAUUUAGUUAUCCAGUCCUGUCUAGGUUCUAUAGAACUGGCUUAUUAUUGUUAUGAUCUGAGAGAUCGAUUUCCUACAGAGCUGAGUUCGGUUCCUGUUCUCUGAAUUCUUAGCACAACAUCAUCACGAGUCCUCGCUUUUUAUAUAUUUUUUCGAUCUUUGCUCACCUUACGAACUCCUGGGCACUUGUGCCUAGUUACCUCCUCAGAUUGCUUCAUACAUUUGUUGAUUCAGCAGUUGAUCAUUCGGAAUUUCUGCCUCUGUUUUCAUCGCACCGUGGUACCUUCAAAAAAGUGUGAUUUGGAUUCAGUUUCUGGAGGUUCAAUCCUAGAGAAUGACUGGGUGAUUUGACAGUUGGUUUGGCCCUGUGUUCACGGCAACCACAAGCGCAUAUAUCUCCGGCCAUGACCUUACCAGAGAAUAGUAAUCACUUCACUGUGAGUCUGGGGAUUGGGAUACCAAGGGUGUGGCCUCAAAGCACUGGUGGAUUUGAUAUUUUUCUCACACGGUGACCCCGAGUUUGAAGUCUUUGUACGCAUAUUUUUCUCACACGGUGACCCCGAGUCUGAGGGCAAUAAACGACAUCAACCUGCAGCUUUUUGCCAGCACUCCAACUGUACGCAAUGGUGCUGCAGAAACUCUUAUGCGUCUUAGUUUUCCUGCUGAUAUGCACAUCCAAGGCGAUCAACCCGGAAGCAGAAGCCCUUCUCCGAUGGAAAUCCACUUUGAUUGGCAGCACCAAGUCACUAUCCUCAUGGUCGAUUGCAACAUCUACCUGCUCUUGGUUCUGCGUCACUUGUGAUGCUGCCGGACAUGUUACCGAGCUCCAUCUUCCCAACAAGGGGCUCCAUGGUACGCUUCAUGCCUUCUACUCUGCAGCGUUCCAAAACCUCACAGUGCUCAACCUCAACAGCAACAACCUUGUUGGUAUGAUUCCAGCAAACAUCUCCCUGUUUCUCACACUUGCCGUUCUCGACUUGAGCUAUAACAAUCUUGUUGGUGCCAUCCCCUACCAACUCAGUCACCUCCCAAAGAUUGUUAAGUUAGAUUUGGGAAAUAACCACUUGAGCAACCCAGAAUAUGCCAACUUCUUACCUAUGUCCAGUUUGAAGUUGUUAUCUCUAGCUAAUAAUAAUCUCAGUGGUGCCUUCCCACAAUUCAUUAUCAACUCCACGAAUGUGGGGAUGAGAUCCCUCGAUUUAUCUGGUAACACCUUCUCAGGGCCGUUACCAGAUUCACUGCCAGAGAUGGUCCCAAGGUUGAGGUGCCUGAAUCUAUCCGCUAAUGGAUUCUUUGGCUCGAUACCUCGCUCAUUCUCAAGUUUCCAAAAGCUAAAGUGGCUAUAUCUCAACUCAAAUAAUCUCACAGGAGGAAUCCCUAAGGAGCUUGGGAUGAUAACAGGAUUGAGAAUACUUUCGCUGUACAACAACCCACUUGGUGGGUCAAUCCCUGCCUCACUCGGGCAGCUGCAUUCCCUCCAGUAUCUCCACAUAAAUGAUGCUGAUUUGGUUUCUACUCUUCCACCUGAGCUGGGGAACCUUACUAGUCUCGAGUACAUGUUACUGAAAGGGAAUCAUUUAUUUGGAAGCUUGCCACCAUCAUUUGCACGGGUGCAAACUAUGAUCCAUUUCAGUGUACGGGACAACAAUAUCAAUGGUGCCAUCCCCUCAGAGAUGUUUACAAACUGGACAAACCUUCGGACAUUCGAUGUUGCAAACAACUUAUUAGUUGGAAGCAUCCCAUCGCAGCUCAGGGUGCAAACAAUGGUCUAUUUCAGUGUAGGGGACAACAAUAUCAACGGUACCAUCCCCUCAGAGAUGUUUACGAACUUGACAAACCUUAUGUACUUCAAUGUUACAAACAACUUGUUAGCUGGAAGCAUCCCAUCGCAGGUCAGCAACUCCGAGGCGUUAUUUCUUCUCAGCCUCUCUGGAAACAACUUUACUGGCUCGAUCCCGGUGGAGAUGGGAAACAUGGUAAACUUGGAAUCGCUGGAUUUGGCCAAGAAUCACCUUACUGGAACAAUACCACCUACCAUCGGCAAUUUAACAAAGUUGCGCUUACUUGACAUCAGUGACAACCGUCUCGAGGGUGAGCUUCCUGCGACCAUCUCCUAUCUGGUGAAUCUUUUUGUUCUCUCCUUGUCUGGAAACAAGUUCACUGGUAUCACUCCUAAUGUCCACAGCAGGCAGUCGACGAUUAUUAAUGUGUCCGACAACAACAACAGCGUCUUUGGAGAAUCAUUGUCUGCCUAUUGUAACCUAAUAAUGCUGCAAGUCCUGGAUCUAUCAAAGAAUCAAAUAUUUGGAGAUCUCCCUGGUUGCUUGUGGAACUUGGUAGGACUGGAAUCCUUGGAUUUGUCGAGCAAUGCUUUUGGUGGGGAAGUUCCAACCUUGGCUCACUGUAGUUCUUCGCUAAGGUCGCUGCACCUGUCGAACAACAACUUCACGGGUUGCUUUCCAGCAGUGUUGAAGAACUUCAAAAACCUUGUCAUUUUGGAUCUCGGGAAUAAUAAGAUGUCUGGCGCAGUUCCUCCGUGGAUAGGGGAAAGCAAUCCUUUGUUGAGGAUCCUUGGACUGCGAUCAAACAUGUUCCAUGGAAGUAUUCCCCGGCAGCUAUCAGAACUGUCUAAUCUCCAACUGCUUGAUCUAGCUGGAAAUAAUUUCGUAGGUACCAUACCAGAAAGCUUUGUCAACUUUUCCUUGAUGAGACAGACAUCCAUAAAGCAGCCGGUUAUAAUAAGUAGCAUAUUAUAUACUACUACCAACCAUGAAGAUUUUGAAAAUGGUCGCAUGGACAUAACUUGGAAGGGACGUGAGUACACCUUUCAGGGAAGAGAUGCAUUUGUGACUGGUAUUGAUCUCUCUGGCAAUUCUCUCUCUGGUGAAAUCCCUUCAGAGUUGACAAGUCUUAGAGGCAUACAGUUACUAAAUAUGUCAAGAAACUAUCUUUCUGGUGGUAUCCCCAAAGACAUUGGCAAUCUGAAGUGGUUAGAAUCCCUUGACCUCUCGUGGAACAAGCUAUCCGGUCCUAUUCCUCCUAGCAUAUCAAACCUGGUAUUCCUCUGCUCUCUUAAUCUCUCGAACAACCUUUUAUCAGGAGAGAUACCUACAGGCAAUCAACUCCAAACAUUGGACGACCCAUCAAUUUAUAGCAAUAACCUAGGACUUUGUGGCUCUCUGUUGAACAUUUCGUGUAUAAAUAGUUCAAGUCUGACAAUCACUUCACGUCAAGAUCUUGAAGCCAUUUGGAUGUACUACUCAGUGAUUGCUGGAACAGUUUUUGGUUUCUGGUUAUGGUUUGCUACAUUGUUUUUCUGCAAGGUCUGGAGAUGUGCUUUCUUGAGUUGCAUAGAUGCCAUGCAACAGAAGGUUAUGAAGAAGAUGACGCAUAUCUGGAGUACAGAAAGCUGCCCGAGUGUUGAAUGAUACCAAACUGAAUGAAUAUGAAACAAGAUGUAAGCGUCGUGAUAGUUUUCUAUGUUUGUAUUGCUGGUACGCUCAAGAACUAUGAAUGUGUUUAGUGGACAUAUUUUGUUUGAAGGUUCUAGACAAGUGUUGUAAUCGGCAUGGGAUUUCUGUUAUGCCGAUCUUUCUUUUCCUGAAUAAGUUUGCAGUACAGCUUUGG